CCCCAAAACAUUCAUCCGCUACUAUUACGGGCUGUUGGUCGGCACUGCCCAAUAAUAGCAAAGCACGUGCACCACCGAUGACGCCCAGCGCUGCGCGAGCCAGAGCUUCCCAGCACACUGUGCUGAACACCCGCUUUCUAUUCCUAAAUCCUGCAGACCACCAUAGACUCUCCCCUGCGCCGAUUCUCUCUACAUUCUCACUAGAUUUUAGAACGUGCAUUACCGUUUUUUGGAUACUAAAACAUGCCCGUCGAGCUUUUCCAACCGGUCGCAGUCACGGCUCCGCAUCCGCAUUUCUCUCGCCGUUCACACCCACUGCCGCCGAAAUCGCUGGCUAUCCCCGCAGACAAAGAUGAGCGCGAGCGACCGGCGAUCGAGACCAACAAGUUUUACUCGAAUCUUUAUCUUGGGAAUCAGGAUCAGCCGGUUUUCAUGUGCCCGUAUGUGCUGUGGUGGGAUCACCGGAGUGAGGGGCCUGAUGCGCACUACGGAUUGAGCAUCAGUCACACUAGCAACGAGCAGCGGGUAUACGGACCUGAUCCGAAAGAGCAAAAUGCGCAAUACUUUUUCCAUCCUGCCGGCAUCAGAUCACUGUCGUUGUCUGCGUUCGAGUUCGACAAGACGAUGAGCAUCGAGCUGUCGCAGUCAGCCCAGUUCUCGGUUGUCGCGCUGUUCAAACCCGGCUCAGCGCACGGCACAGGCAAAUCCCUGAACGUUCCGAUCGUGCUCGGCACGGGCUUCAUCACCGGCACAUACUACAAUCUUAUCCCGCGGAUCAACUCGGCUGUCGGGUUUCGGGUGUUUAAAGAGAAACCGUCGCCGAGGAGUGGGAUUCAAAAGUACGGCAUCGAACUUCAUGAUCGAACUAAGUGGCUUAUAUAUGCGUGGGUUCCCGAAGAUCAGCAUUUGAAACUAAAGCAAGACGGCGACCAUACGGUCACUGCCGAGCAACGCGUGCGGAAUGUUUUGUUUCAGAUCUGCAAACUCGUUGACGGAUCAGAGAAGAUAUACGACCAGUACGCUGGCAAAUACGCCAUCCGCGCGCAACUUUCAGGAACCGCAAACAAAAACAAGGGAGACGUGCGGAUCAACUGGUCGACAAGACAGGCAAACAACGCCAACGCGUUACUGCUGUUCGCACUGCCGCACCACGUGGCCUCGUUCACGGACCAGAUGAAGAAGCGCGCGCUGGGAUUCGGGCUCGAUUCUCCUACAAAGGGCAAAGCGAUGGCCUACGGCACCAAUGAUUUUUUCAUGCAGGAGACGCUGCCGACCGAUAUCGAGUUCAUGCCGUGGACGAGUAUCCCCAACGUUCGGACGAAUCAGUACAGCCGCGAGGCUCUCGGUCAUAUCUUCGAUGCCGCGUGCGUGGAGUUGGAGCAAGACGUCGAGGCGCAGUGUAAUCUGAACUCGAUGUACUUCUCGGGCAAGGCGCUCGACAAGUUUGCGUACAUUGCGUUUGUCGCGUACCAGGUCUUGGGUAAUUUGGCAAUGACGCAGGCCGCGAUGAACAAGGUCGCGAACGCAUUCCGACGGUUCAGCGCAAACAAGCAGCAGUAUCCGCUGGCGUACGACACCACCUACAAAGGCAUCGUCUCCAGCGGCGCGUUCAUCACCGAGAACGCGCUCGAGGACUUUGGAAAUACGUACUACAACGACCACCAUUUCCACUACGGAUACUUCAUCCAUGCGGCAGCUUUGAUCGGCUACGUUGAUGCCGCGUUGGGCGGGACCUGGAUCUACGACAACAAGGAUUUCGUAAACACUCUGGUGCGCGACAUUGCGAAUCCGUCCGAACACGAUCCGUACUUCCCAGUCUCGCGAUCGUUUGACUGGUACCACGGACACAGUUGGGCCAAGGGCCUGUUUGAGAGCGGAGACGGCAAGGACCAAGAGUCUACGUCGGAGGACUACCAUCAUGCGUAUGCGAUCAAGCUGUGGGGAAAGGUCUCUGGCGACAAGAGCAUGGAAGCGCGGGGAGACAUGAUGCUGGCGAUCAUGAAGCGCAGCUUCAAUACGUACUUUAUGAUGUCGAGCAAAAACUCUGUGCAAGAUCCUAGGAUUUUGGCAAACAAAGUUACCGGUAUUCUGUUUGAAAACAAAAUCGAUCACACGACUUAUUUCUCCCCAAGAAUCGAGUGCGUGCAGGGUAUCCACAUGAUCCCAAUCACCCCCGUGUCUUCAUACAUGCGAUCUCCCGAGUUCACCUACGAAGAAUGGAGCACGCUGCUGCAGCAGAUUGCCGAUAAAGUGGACGACGGCUGGAAGGGCAUCCUGUACGCCAACGUCGCGCUGUUUGACCCGCGGGCUGCGUGGCAGUUCUUUGCGCAUCCAAAGUUUAUGUAUCAGUGGCUAGAUGGCGGGGCGAGCAGGACUUGGUAUUUGACAUACGCAGCUGGGGUUGGCGGCGCUCCGUAGAGGAUGAUUAUCUCAUUCAGUUAUGGUGGGACGGGCAGGUAGAUCAAUAUAGCAUAUCACACGUAAAUUCAGCCACUGCCGAUAUUGGGUGCUUGUCGGUAUAUAAAAUGGGAGUUAUUUGGGUAAAUUAACCAGUACGGACGUAGAGUGCAUGGAUAUUAGUCGAAUAUCGGG